AUGAAUUCGGUGAAGGAAAAUGGAAGAAAAUCUAAAAUAUUCAAAAUUGAUUCUAAUAGUAAUAACAUAAUUAAUAAAUGGGGAAAAUUUAAUUCAAGUGAAUUAAAUUUUGAAAAAUGUCGAAAUAAUUUAUUGGAUAAAUUUGAAAAUUUGGCAAACCAAUUUGCUGCUGGUUGGAAAUAUCAUAUUUCAAAUACGGAUGGUAUUAAAGAAGCAUGGAUUAAUUUUGAAGAUUUUUAUUCUGAAAUAUGCUUAUUAGCAAUAGAAAGACAAUUAGUACCACCUGUACAUGGUGAAAUUGAAUCACAUGAUAUUACCGGAUUACUUCCAUCCUAUACAAUUACGGAUGAAUAUCGUACACCGGAACAAUGUGAUGAAUUAUUGAUAAAGAAUGUUAAUGCAUUAGCUAGCAAAUUAUCACCUAAUUGGACAAGUGCUAUCACAAAUAUUAGUAAUACUUCAAAAGCAUGGAAUGAAUUCAAGCAUUAUUUUCAACAAAUAUGUGCUCAUGAUCGUAGUAGUAAGUUUUUCAUUUUUUCUUUCUUUUAUCAUUUUAAUUAA